AUGGCGGGAAGAAGGGGAGGGAAAGGCGAAAGAGAGGAGAGCAGUGGAGCAAAGGAGGAGAGGUCAGUGGCCUUGGGACAAGCCAACGUUGUUCCCUACAUGGCGGCGAAGUAUCAUCUGUACAGCGAGGAGCGACCCUCUCCCAACUGCUCCUGCCUGCACCUCCUGCAUGCAGACGGGCGAGCAUGGCAUCAGUGUUCGAGGAGGAUUAUGGAGUUAGAGGAUCCAGCGCCUUGCUUCGCUCAUCCCGCCAACCUCGGGGAGGAGGAGCUUCACCUGGUGUGCUAUCGCAUGCUCAAGACUGCAAGUCGCCUCCAGCCAUCUGCCAGGGUCCAUCACGACUUGGCGGUGCUCGUGCUCAAAUUCCAUGAACACCUCGAUGUGUCGCUCACCCAUGCUGUCAGCCAUGCUCGCACCGCCUUGUCCAAGGGGCUGGAGGACCCGAGGGACGCGUGGCUGGUGCUGGCAACGAGCUGGGACGAGAUGCGUCUGCCGAGAAGAGUCAUCAUGGCGCUCAGACGGUACCUGGACUUGAGCUGCAGUGGCGGGGACUGUCGGGGGGAGUUUGUAAGGGACGUGGUGCUGGACUUAGCGCGGGAAGACCAGCUGCUGCUGCGAGCAACAGUCAAGUCUGAAGUAUCGACCUGCGGCAAGAAUGGAGGGGAAGCAACGGAGAGGAUGGAGCAGAGGCUUCAGCCCUGGUUUCUGACGCUGUUCCCUCUAGCCCCCGAGGACGAUCUGGGGAGCAAGAGCUACCACGGGCUGAUGAACGAUGUUUUCAGCCGGCACGACCCGAGACGGAACCGUCCGUCUAGACCUGAGCUGCAGACGGCCAUCGUCCCCUGCAACAGCACCCAUCACCGCUUCGUCCUCCUCCCCCAGCUGGGCUCGUCCUGGGACGCGGCUCGGGUGAUCAACGGUGAGAGGAUUGACAUACUUAUCGACCUGCUCGGCCACCUACCCGUCCCCGAAGCUCGCAGGGCUCGAGAGGUCGUCGCAUUCGCCCCGAGCUCAACGGUGAUCAACGCGGAGGGCUUUCAUGGGACGACAGGAGACGACAAUGUGCACUACAACCUCGUCGACCGUCACGUCGCUCCUCCUGAGCUCCGCUCGCUCUACUCGGAAUCCUUCCUCAUGAUCAGCACAUCCUUCCAUGUCAACUCGCACGCCGCAAACUUCCCACACCUCGCAACGGAUGGAGCUCUGCUGGACUGCCGAGCACGUGGCAGUCCCGUGGAGAGAUCGGGGGCAGCUGGAGGGGGGAGGCGAGCAGACGUCGGGGUACCGCAUGAGUACUUCAAGAUAGACCCACCGAUCCUGUGCUGCUGGCUGGGGCUCAUCGCGCGGAUGAGGACGAAGGGGGUGGAGGUUUCCCUCAACUUCCAGCAAAAGGUCCACCACGAGGAGGCGAUCGAGAACCUCGUCUCCUCCGCUGGACUUUGCGGGUUGAGGGGAAUGAGGGACUCCCUCCGGCUACUCGAGCCCCAGCCGACUCAGCUGGACUACCUGAAGCUGCUCUGCUCGAUGUCGCUCAUGCUCGACACUCCUUCCUUCAACGCUCACACGACAGCCGUCGAUGCUCUCUGGGCUGGCCUCCCCCUCCUCGCCGUGCCGCAGAUCCGAAUGGUGGUGACCGCCUCCAUGCUGCUAUGGUCCAACAUGUCCGUCCUAGUCGCACGAGACCUGGUCGACUACUCGAGGACGGCAGAGAAGCUCCUGGGCUACCCAGAUAAACUGGCGUGGGUGCGGCAGAGCUUGAAGGAUCAGACGAGGGACGGGGAGGGAAGGGGCAGGAGACUCUUCAACGUGUCCGAGUGGGGCUGA